GGGGAGGGCAGGGCCGCCCGGAAGUCCUGACCUGCAGGUGGCGCCGGCCGGAGGCUGGGGCGUUGCUGCCACCAGUGGGCGGGGCAGCGGGGCAGCGGGGCGGGGGCACCCUCACCUGUCCGUGUGUGGGGAUCAGCCUGGGCUCCGUGGCCUCCGCUUGCACCGGACGUGGACCCAGGCUACCGGUGGGCAAGAUAGAGGACUGAGCCCAGGCACGCACGGCUGGCCAGGUGGGAUCCCCACCCCCGCUCAGCCUUCUUUCUGCAUGGAUGCUGAAGGACCAGGCUCACUUGAAGUUCUGAGUUUGAGCAGUAAGAAAAGGCUGACCAGCCUCUGGUUCCCGUACCGGUCAACUGAUUGGAGUACCUUUCCAGUUUGGAAACAUCUGGGCAGGCCCAGAUUGAACAGGAUCCAGGGGGAAGUACCAAGCCUGUCCCAUCGGCCAUCCUGUGUGUCAUGUCCUGUGACCCCAGUGGAUGCUCAGCACCCUCCAGCUGAAGAAACAGAUUGCCUUAGGUACAUGAAAGGUGAGGACACCUACUAUCCCCAUGGAGCGCAGGUGGGGCUGGGAGUCUGCUGUUUGUACAGCCGGUGGGCUCGUGUUGCUUUGGGCAUCCCUGUGCCUGAAUUCCUGCAGUACACUCGGUGCCUGUUUCCUAAUCUGCAAAACUGGAAUGAUGUUAACCAUCCCGCAGUGCAUUCCAUGGUGCAUCCUCGCCUAGAAUUGAGUGGAAGCAAGUCCAUCUCAGAAGGGACAUACCUGAAGAGAAAUGGCUUUCCAGACUCUGAAGGGCAGAGAAAGCACCAGCCUGGGUUAGAGAAAGAGAACAGCAUCUCUGAGCCCGUCCUGGGUGACCUCACAGAGAUCACCCUAGUGGCCCAGGCUAGUGACCGGGAACAUGUACCUUCCUGCAGCCAACCCCAGACGUCCACUGAUGCAUCAUAUACUGGCAAAGAUCCUGGCCUGGGGGGGUGUUGGCCGCCGGAGAUUCGCCAGAUGUUGGACUCCAGCUUAACCACCGGAAGUGGGCAGGAUGUGCUGAGGGGGCGGAGGCAGCCGCCAAGGCAGCGACGGAGGGGGCUGUCCCUGGCCAGCCGGUCAAUUUGUUCCCAUCUCAACAUUUGCUGUCCCAGUUUCGCAGGACGCCCUUCUCCAGUUUAUCCUUCUCCUGGGAGGUGACAUUUUAGGUUAUUGGGUCCCAGAUUGCUGGCACACUCAUCCCUGUUCUCAAACAUCUUUUAAACUUGGGUGAAGUGAUAAGUUGGGGAAGAAGAUGAUUUACUGAAAGUCUCCCGAGAAGAGAUUCAGACUGAACAGCUUUGUGUCGGACUUUGGAAGACCGCUGGUGCCCAAGGGGUUCUCUGGCAGCACAAUGACGAAUCUAGGUCCCUCUUUCACUGCUACGUCAAUGAAGUGGACCGCAUGGACAAGGCCAAAGCUGGUAUCCCAACCAUAGCCCUUGACAGUGAUGUUCGGCUCCAGGAAGCCAUCAGAUGCAGCAGGUGGCCAGAGAAGGAGCCUAACGGGCUCAUGAAAUGUGACACCCCCAGCUUCAUCAACACGGACCAGAACUCUUCCUUUGGGGAAGAUGAUCUCCUGAUUUUGGAACCACCGAUUGUUCUAGAAAAUAAGCCAGUUGCCCAGACCUCACACAAAGACUUGAAUUGGAAAUGUGCUUUGUCAAGUGUUUCUCUGAAGAUGUGAAGUCUGUCUUUGUAUGGCAGGAAGUCCCCUUUCACAAAAUUGUAUGUGUUUGUGUCUGAGAGAGAGAAAUGGAGACAGACAGAAAGACGGAGACAGAAGAGAGCCCCCUCAGAAGAGAGCUAGCUAAGCACCCCAGACUGACGAAGACAGUGGAGAAUGCCUCUGAGUUUGGCACUGAUUGCCUGGAGAAUGCUGAAACCCAGGGAAGUGGGCAGCACAGACGUUUACUCAUUUAAUCCUGCCAACACAGUAGGAGAUAGAGUCUACAUAUUCCUCGCUACUUAAAAGAUCCCUGCCUUCUCUCUGCUCCUCCUGUCCAUGUCUCUCCCUCCACUUUUCCCCUUCUCCCCUCCUCCUCCCAUCUUCUCCGUCCCUCCCUUCCCCAACUUCUCUUGCAGAACACAGAGAGGAUAGCUGGCCCUCCUGCGCAUGCGCAGUCUGUGCCAGCUGGACCGAGGGUUGGAAGCUGCAACUCCGAGCCGGGGAUCGGCCCCAAAGGCUUCUCAGCUCUUUCGCCCGGUAGGACUUUGGCUCCUGCCCCGGCGCCCCGGCCACAGCUGUCCAGGGCCAAGUGUGCACUUGCCGCGUCUCGCCCCAGCCGGGCUCCCCUCAGUCCGCGGCUGGCGUCCCCUUCCCCUCUCCCGCCCGCGAGUUCUCUCCUCCCGGGCUGCCUCUCCUCGGCCGCCGGCCCGUCCCCGCCCCUGGGCGGGCUGUGUCCCGGGCGGGCGGGGUCUGCGGACCCGGACGGUGGCGGGCGGCUGGGGCUGGGGCUGGACUCCGAGAGGGGCUACAGCCCGCGUCCCCCCCCCCCCCGCUUUCCCUGACCCGCGACCCCGGGGCUGCCCUCCUCUCCCUUUCCCGCUACCUGGGGACCAGCUCAGUGGUGUGGGCGCUGCUCCCCGGGCUGAGAGCCUCCGGCUGUGAACCCCAGCUUCUCCUGUUGGAGUCGGGAAAAGGGAGCGUCAGUGCUGAGCGAGCUUCCGUCUCCUCCCUCAGUGUUUCUGCCCCAGUACGUUUUGGUUACUGAGACCCUCGAAUUCCCAUAUGAAUUGUAGCAGCAGCUAGUCAGUUUCUGCAGAGGAGACCGCAGGGAUUGUGAUCGAGACCACGUUGAAUAUACGGAUCGUUCUGGGGAGCACUGCCAUUCCAAAAGCGCUGUCUUCUGAUCCAGCAAUGUGCGUGGUUUGUCCAGGUGCCCUCACCUCCAGUAGCAUCCAUCCAGACACCGGAACUGACACUGGCCGUGCUCCGAACUGCCUCAGCCCUGAAGACACAACUGACAAAUAGAAGGGGACCACGCCCUGUUACAGCAGGUGCUCUCACUUUGUGGAUCCUUAUGUAACUGAGCGGUGUUAAUCAGGAUUGCCCGUUCUACAUUUUGUGGCGCUGCUGCGGUGUCUCCUAGUUACUUGUUUCUCUCGCUUUAUUCACUCAGGGGUAUAUCAUGGACGUCCUCCCACUCCAGACUCACCCGGCCCUUUCAGAUAGAUUGGAGGGGUCUCCUGAUGUGCGGGUGUCGUCUCUUGUCCACGGAAACAUUUGGUGCGAGACUGCUGUGGACAAGGCCCUGGACCACGGCGAAACGCCGGCUCCCUCAGCGCCCGCAGCUCGCCUUGAUUUACCGCAUCAUUGUCUUGAUGGUGGACAGUUAAGUUUUCUCCAUUUUCCACUGUCAGAAAGAAUGUUUGAGUUGCAUCCUUCUUGUACAGAACUUCCUGUGAUCUUGUAUGUGUAUUCCUUUAGUUAAGGCUUCUGGAAAUUUAGUCCCUGGAUGUGACAUUUACAUUCAUCACAGACUCCUUUCAAGUGACUAGAAAUUCCUUCUCCAUUGGGGAAUGAAAAAAUGCACAAUUACUUAUGUAACCAAUUCUCUAUCGCUGGAUAUGAUUUCACUUCAGUUUUUCUUCCCACCUUUGUAAACAGUGCUGUGUAAAUGCCCUGAUGGGUACAUCUUUUUGGACUGAUUUUUUUUUCCUAAAGGAAACGAUUCCUAGAAGUGGAGUUGAGUCAGUGUGUAUGUACGUUUUUCAGAGCUUACAAAUCCAUUGAUAUGUCAUCCUCUGAAAAAGUCGCUCAUGAUUUGUUCUCCCACAGAUGGACACUAGCUAGAUUAUCUUAAAAAUAUUUGCCAAUAUGAUAAGCAAAAGUGCUUUUUCAUUGUUUUUUUUUGCAUUUGAUGACCAGUGAAGUUUUGAGCAUUUUUCACUCAUUAGUCAUUUGACUUUUUUAAAAUGAAUGAUUCCUUUUGUCCUUUGCCCACAUUUAAGUGAGGGAGCUUCUUGUUGCUUUGUGACAGCUUUUUGUAUGUUAUGAAAAUUAACUUCGUGAAUUCAUCAACAUGUAUCACAGAGCUUUUUCUUGUCAUUUCUUUCCUUUCAUUUUGUUCAGGAAGUUUUCUGAUUUUUGUUGUGGCUCAAACUAUUCUUAGGAUAGUAAAUGUCUUCCUUAUGGGUUUUAUCUUUGACAUUAUUCUUAGAAAUACUCUCUUAUAAUGGAAUAAAUCUCUUCUGUAGGUAUUUUUUAAUCUCUAAGAUGGAGAUUAUAAUAGUACAUGUUAUAGUGAGGAGAAGUUGAGUUAAUAAGAGCAAAGAGUUGUAUUUGCUGUUACUAGUACUUUUUAAUAUUUACAUCGCUAUCUGCAAUUUAUCUUGUGGUCAUUAUGACAGGAGUAGAAUUUAUUCUUUCCAGGUGAUUCUCUGUCCCAGGACAAUUAUCGAAUUCAUAAUUUUCUCUUUGAUUUGAAAUCCCACCUGUACAAAAUACUUACAUACACUAGAGUCUUUUUUGAGCUCAUGGUUCCCUUCUGUCAAUCUCCUUUCCUUACUCCAGCACCAUAUCUUACAUGUUGUAAAAAUUUAUUUAAUAACUGGCAGUCUGAUUUUUUUUGAUUCUUUUCUUCCAUCCCAAAUUUUCUUGUCAAGUAUUAUGACUUUAUUAUUCCUGAAGAAUUCCAAAAUAUUUUGUUCAAGUUAAAAAAAAUCAGAUUGGAAUUUUCAUGGGAUUUUUUAGUAAGUUUUGAAUUAUUCUUAGGAGAACUUACAUCUUUACAAAACUGCUUUUCUCCAUGCAAUAUGUUUAUGUCUCUACAUUCAUACCUCUUACUUUAACCCUCAGUACAGUCCUGAAGUUUCUCCAUUUAGAAUAUGGGCAUUAUUUUUGAAUUUAUUCCAGAUUAUUGUUUAUGUUUUUGUUAAUUUUGUAAGUGAGAAUUUUUUGCUAUUAUAUUUUUAAAUGUUUAAAACUGACAUUUAGAAAGGAAGAUUCGGUUUGUCAAUACUCACUUUGUAACUUGUCAUUUAAAAUUGUAAGUAUUAAGUACUUGUUCCAGAAUCCUUUCUUUUCUGUUUUUUAAAAUUUGUUUCCAAGAUUCUCAAAAUGUUCAUAGCUAAGUAGUAUAGGUGGGGACACAGAUGGAGAGAGGAAGUGUGGCUCACGAACAAACUGUGAGCAAUUUCAUGGCUGCCUUUAGGCUGGAGAAGCCACAGAAGAGCCCAGGUUAGACCAAGGGUGGCUUUGUAUGCACUUGAAAGCCAGCUUUCCUGCCUGUAUGAUGAAGCCUGGUGGGCGUGGCAGGUAGAUGAUCAAGGUCUGAUCAAGGUCAUUGGCUGCACAGAGCACUGUGUCUGUGAGAACUGGAGACCAUUACCAUGGGAAAUGCUUGGCGCCAGGAACACUGCAGGGGAGCUGGGGAGCCUGUGUGUUAAGGAUUUUCCAGCCCUGGGAGUGGGAAGAUGAGACUCUGCAUUCAGAUCUGAGUUUGAAUUCAUCCUCUCUUGUUUACUGGUCCUCUGACUUUUGUCAAGUUAUCUACCCGCUUUGAACUCCUGUUUUCUUGUCUCUCAAAACAGGAGAAUUACAGCCUGCUGCUAGAGUGUUUGAUCAGGGUAAAUGAUUUGUGUCUAUAAGAUGCCACGUACAGUCACAAUCUCAGUGAGAAAUGGGCUGUCGCCUCUUCUUCUGCAACUCAGUGCUCGAUAAGACAUCGGGGGAAAGCCAGUCCCUAAUUUGUAUGUGAUGCAAUGAGGAACAAAAUUAACGUCUUGCCUUUCCCUAGCAGGAUUCUUAUUUCUUUGCUUCAUUUACCUCUUUCCUCCUUUACUCUCCCCUUUCACCUCCUCCACCAAAAGAGACUGAGUCUGUCUCAGAACACUACAUUCAAAUUACUUUAAAUGUUGGCUCAUCCCCAUGAAAUUACAGUGAAAUUAAAAAUAAUCUGUACACGUCCCAGACAUGAUUAUAUUUGAUUUACACACACACACACACACACACACACACACACACACACAAUCAGGCUACCUCCCAUUUGCUGAGGGAGAAGGACCACUUUUUCUGAGUUUUCAUUCACUGAGCGUGAGAGCAAAGUCUCUUAAGCAGAAAUUCGCCUGGCUUCUUGCAUGGUUUUUUAAAUUGGAUUUCUGCUUUGUGUCCACAGAAAUAGACCCCUAUUAGAAGAGGGGAAGUGGAGACAUAGAUAUUCUGCUGAGAUAUUGGUGUCAUCAUAUUUGAGUUGGAAAGGACUUACGACAGCAUAGAGUCGUACCUUUUUAUGGGUGAGAAUCCAUGAUAGUGUAACUUGGACAAGAACCCGGGUCUUCUGUCUUCAUGUCCACGCGGAUGAAGAGGCAACUGGGUGGGGGAUGGCAGGGAUCCUUACUUGAGUUCCGGGGUCUUGCUAGUUUCCAUUGUUCAGCUGCCUUUAGUUUAUGUCCAUGUGGCCUCUCAUGGGAAGGUCACUCUAUCCUGAUAGAUUGAGUUUCUAAUCAGCAAAAAGGUCUGGACCCACUCAUGUUUCCCAGAGAUUUUCUGCUGACCUGCUGACAGUUUAUAUACAUGAGAUCUUAGAAACUGCUGGAUAUAAAAUCCUUAUUGUUAUCAUUUGCCCUCGAGUUCCACAGGAAUGGGGUGCUGUCUCAGGCUGUCUAAGGCCAGCUCUGAACAAAGAUAGGGUGAUAGGCUGUGCAGCUGGACACUCCCCAGUCGAAUGGGAUUUCCACCUUAGUUUUUAGAAUCAGGCAGAUGAGUUCAAAUCUUACCUUUACCAGUUAUUAGCUUUGUGACCUUGAGGAAGAAACUUUACUUUUUUGGGGACAAAUUUUCUUUAUCCGUAAAUAAGUUCAGUAUUUAUUUUAGGGUUUUUGUUUUAGAAUUGAAUGAGCUAAUUCCCUCAUUUAUUCCUAAAAUACUGAUCACAUGGUUCUAUGCUGGUGACCUAGUGGUUGAUUACUAAGGGACUCAGUAGUGAGAAUGUGGGUGAGGCUCCCUGGAUAAUAGAGCUUAUAUUCCAUGAUAUGCUUGUAAAAGACUGGAUUGCAGUGGAUUUUUAGUAAAUGUCCAUUCUUUUCCUAAUCCCCAUUGAUUGUGUAUAUAUCUUUAUACUAAUAUAUGAACAAUUUUUUAUUGCAAUAUAAGUCUUUUUGUAGUAUUUAAAGUAUGUAGCUAUAACAAAAAUACGUGAAAUAAAAUGAUUUGACUUUUAUUUUCUUUUCAAUAAACAAAACAAAAUAAAAUAGAAAAGAAAAGAAAAAGUUUUGAAGGAGUAGAAAUAAUUUUAUUUCCGUGUAAUCGACUCCCUAUGUUAGGUUUUUCGGUUGUGUUCUUAAACAGCAUAUAAAAUUGACAGGUUUUGACUUCAGUGUUGAUAGCUGGGUGAGUAUAGUUUCUUUUUGUGGUUGUCUUUGAUGAAUUAUUUGCACUAGAUCAUAAAUAAUGUGCAUGUUACAUAUUGGAAACGAGGAAAGAGUGGAGACAUACUACCUCCAAUGCAGUCAUUUUGUUACCGAGUCCAAACUCAUUCUGCUCACCAAAUGACAGGCCAAUAAACUGGGAGAUGAGGUGUUGGAGCAAGGAAUAGUGACUUUAUUUGCAAAGCUGGCAGACCCAGAAGAUGGCAGACUGAUGUCCUGAAGAACCAUCUUCCCCAAGUCAGAAUUGAGUCUCCUUUUAUACUAAAAAGGGGUGGGGCUGCAGUUGGUUGUUGGAAACUUCUUGUUGUAUGAAUUGCUUGUCCUUUGAAUCCGCUGUUCUUGCAGCUGUCCAUGUGGAUCAAAUCAUGUUGCCAUUGUAAUACCUCCAAAAGUAAAACAAAGUUAUUCUCUAUUUUGCAACUUGCCAUCUCUACAUAAGUGCAGAUUAGUUAGCAUCCUUCAAGAUCACGGCCAGGAGAAGAGGCUGUCCUGGAUAUUUCAGUCUAAAGGCAACUUUCUUUUACAAAUGGUGCAGAGAUAGCAAGUCUGAGCCUAGAAAACAGGGCACAGGUUUAAAGCCAAAGGAACAGACCUAACAUGGGGUCAAAAUUGUUCUUUUCUAUUACAAUUCCCUUUUCCGCUUCAUAGAUAAUUUUAGUAAGAAACAUGAGCAAUUUUGUAUUUUUGCUUCUUAAUAACCGAUAAGUGGGCCAACUAUAUUUUUGUGAGCAGGGAUGCUGUGCGGGCAUAGGGGUCACAGCAAACUCUUGUUGGGGGUGGCCGACCCUGGAACAUGUCUGAUGCCCCGUGAGUGUUGGUGAGGGUCCCCUAGCCAGCGGCUCUCUUCAGGAGGCAGCAUAUGGGCAUUGAUAUCUGGAGACCUCAUUUUCGGCUGCAGGAAAUUUUUUAGAUACUGCGAUUGAAAAAUCACUCCAGCUGGGGAUAAUUAGGGAAAAAAGGAAAAGUAAAAGGGUUUGGAGUAGAGUAGAAGAGAAGGACAUCAGAUCACGGAGCCUGAGUGCUUGGCAGCGGGGCUUCGGGGGAGAGGGGAGCAGACGUGGGGAGGGGCCUGGCACCGGAACCAGCUCCUGCACCUGUCAACAUGCCCAAGCCACAUAGCUUUUAAUUGGGCCACCUCUCUGGGCUGGAUGUCACCCUGUGCAGAACCUUGAGAAUCGAAGGUAAGGGGUGGGCAGCACUCACCUAGGGGUCACUGUAGAUUUCGGUCAAGUCCACAGUGCCU